AUGGCAUCCUGGCGCGACUUGCAACAAGCAGUCUUUCUGAGCCCUGCGCAAUGCCUUCUGCGGGUCUGGCAGUUUGCCGGACCAGCAUGCUGCUUCAAGGCCAAGCUGCUCGCGUGCGGCGCGGGGCCCGCGGAUCCUCCUGGCGAGGAGUGGUGGCCCGACCUUGGGCGAUGUCACCUGAUGGCGCAGCUGCGCAUGCAUCCUGAGGACGGGAGGCUUCUCAGCCUGGACCGUCUUUGGGCGGCCAUCCGUGCGCGGCCAGAGGCCGUCAACACAGCGACUCCCGAGGGAAAGCCAUUGACCAUCGCCGUGAAGAAAGGCUGCCGUGGUGCUGCUGAGCUGUUGCGAAAGAGCGGCGCUGUCCUAACCUGCGCCGGUGCGGACCAGCUGCUGCACGACUCGGCAGCUCGAGGGAACGUCGAGGCCUUGCAGCUGCUCCUCUUCGAGACCUCUGGGUGCCUGAGAAAAGAGCCCUGGGCGAGCUUGAACGCGAGACCCGUGAAGCACGGUGGAACUCCCUUGGAUGUGGCAGUAAGCCGAAGCCAGCAGGAAUGCGUCGAGCUUCUGCUGAAGGCGGGUGGUCGACAUUCGCUUCAUCGUGCUGCAGAAUUGGCAGUGCCCAGUAUGGUCCGCGCUUGGCUGAGCGAGGGUGCAGCCGUGGAGGAGUGCGACAGCAGUGGUGCGACACCACUGCUUCUGGCAGCAAAGGGCAAAGGCCGCACAGCAGAACGAACAGAAUGCCUGGAGCUGCUGCUGCGUGCUGAUGCCAUGGUGGAUGCCUUGCCAAUCACCCAGGAGACGCCGUUGAUGCAUGCGGCUUCUCGGGGUGUCCGCGAGCAUUGCGAAUUGCUCCUGGAGGCAAGGGCAGAUUGCCACUGCAGGGAUCGCCGAGACCGGCAACCCAUUGAUCAUGCAGCGACCAAGGAUGUGCGUGCCUUGCUGUCAGUGGCCAUGAGUGCUGGGCAAGGAAUUGAGUGCCAACGGGAAGAGUGGUCGUGGGCUGAGGAGGACCAAGCGACUCUGCCGGCGACUCCGAACCCGUCGAACCCUCCGUACGCCUGGCACCAACUGCCCCAGGUGCCCGUGCCUGACUGGCACCAGAUGACUGCUGGCUACCACAUGCUGCCGCACGCACAGCAAACUUUCCAUCAGUAUGGGCCUACAGGCCAGUGGACAACCUGGAACGCGAUGGCUCCGCAGCAGAUCCCUCUAAAGGGCUGUUACCCGCGCUGGGCUUGA